AUGCAGUUUUACUUGCAGAGUGCAGAGUAUCUUGGGAUUUUGCAGAAGGUCGUGGAGACUCUGCAGAUGCAGGAAAGGAGAAACGGGGCGGAGAGAGAGUGCUAUCUCCUGAGCCUGUUUACACGGCUGGAAGUCCUUCUCGAAAAAAGUGACAUAUCACAUCAGAGAAGCAAGCACGCCAGGCGACACUUAGACGUGAUCAAAAGGCUGUCCGAGGCCGUCCUAAGGGAGAAAGACCCUGUAAAGGCAGCCAUGCUUCUUUCCAUUAUAAACAGCCCAUUUUAG